CGCCGCGGCCCUUACUUCCGGAAGGUGGACAGAACCUGCGAAUGGGGGCGGGCCAGCGUCGCUCACGCAGAGCCGUUUCCGAGCGCGACGCCUGCUUGGUGGGAGCAGAGCCCCGCAAUGGAAGAUACGCCGUUGGUGAUAUCAAAACAGAAGACGGAGAUGGUGUGUGGAGUCCCCACCCAGGUGGUGUGCACGGCCUUCAGUAGUCACAUCCUGGUGGUGGUGACCCAGUUUGGGAAGAUGGGUACCCUGGUCUCCCUGGAGCCCAGCAGCGUGGCCAAUGACAUCAGCAAACCUGUGCUCACCACAAAAGUCCUUCUGGGGCAGGAUGAGCCUCUCAUCCACGUCUUUGCAAAGAACCUGGUAGCGUUUGUGUCUCAAGAAGCUGGAAACAAAGCAGUCCUCCUCGCUGUGGCCAUGAAAGACAAAAGCAUGGAGGGGGUGAAGGCGCUGAGGGAGGUGAUCCGGGUGUGCCAGGUGUGGUGACCUGGAGGCAGCUGCCCCUCACUGCUCAGCAGGACACGUGAGGACCCAGACACCCUCUCAGGGACUCAAGUCUUGCCUCCCUUCCCGGUGGAGGGAGGAACUUUGUCUGGCACUAGCUCUUGGAGCCAGGAAAAAUAUUUGUGUCUCAGGCAGACUUUUACUCUGGUUACUAAGAUUAUCUGUGCAUGGGGGUAGAGGUGGAGCAUGGAGCAUGUCCCAAGGGAGUUGUGAAUGGAUCUCACUGGGACCUGAGUCGUUGCUUGUGUUUGAGAAUUGGAGGAAUGAGCCAGCAGGCCUGGCUUAUGGCUCCCUGUGUGCAGGAUCAAUUUUAGGAGAAAAUUUCUUUUUUAUUAAAAGCAAAUGUGUAUCCCAGAA